GGUCUUGGAUUGACGACACCUUCUGCAAGAGAGAGUGUAUUAAAUUCAUCCCAGCAUGUGGAGACAUACACAGAUGCUGCUGCGGACGUCUGGUAGGGGAGCACACCUGGCUGGAGACUGGCCCCUUCAUGUCCCACUGGCCUGGGCCCCAGGCAGUGCAAGAAGAGAGGUGGUCAGUGGAGUGUCACACACAAGCCAGUGCCACCGAUGCCUACGGAACCAUUGACUUCCAGGACAGCGCUGACCGUAACUGCCAUGCCAAGUACGUUCGUGUUGCUGUCGACACAAAGGCUGAGGCUCUGCUGCAGCUGAUGCUGAGGGAGUGGCAGAUGGAACGGCCUAAACUACUGCUGACGGUCCACGGGGGAGCAGAGAACUUCCCUCUCCCCCUCAAGGUUAGACAGGCCUUCAGCAAAGGCCUGAUAACUGCAGCCCAGAGCACUGGAGCCUGGAUAUUCACAGACGGCAUCAACACAGGUGUGUCCCUGUAUGUAGGGGAGGCUGUGAAAGCAUACGGCACCAAUGGCCGCAGAAAGAGGAACGCUGUAGGGGUCACGCCCUGGGGCGUAAUUGACAACCACGGUGACCUUAUAGGGAGAGAUGUGCUCAGGCCUUACCAGCCCCUGAGAAGCCCCUUGAGCAAAACUGUGUGUUUGAACAGCCUGCACUCCCACUUCCUGUUAGUGGACGAUGGAACUCUGGGGAAACAUGGCUGCCAGCUGGGACUCAGGAGGAAGCUGGAGAGACACAUUCAACUGCAGAAGAUCCAUCCUAGGGUUAACCAGGGUGUGCCAGUGGUGUGUGUGGUGGUGGAGGGCGGCCCUGACAUUGUGUCCAUGGUGUUGGACUAUGUGAGCAGUGUGCCCCCCGUGCCUGUGUUCGUCUUCGAGGGAUCAGGCCGGUCGGCUGACUUGCUGGCAUUCUUGCACAAACAGACCGCUAUGGAUAGGUGUGCGGUGCCACUGUCGUCAUCUACAGUGCCUUGCGAAAGUAUUCGGCCCCCUUGAACUUUGCGACCU